GUAAUAGACAAUGUAUAAUCGCCAGCGCCGUGCCCGCCACGCAGCCAUGGGCAUGGCACAGCAGCAAAAAGUGGCAUCCGGCCUGUCAAAAAAACUAAUCCUUGCUUCAGGGCAAGGCCUGAAAUAUGCGUGUCCAAUAGUAGUAGUAAUGAUUGAUGGGCGGCCGGGGCAUUGGAUGACCAUCUCUGGGAGUUACUGUCGUAUUUGCCAGUGCUGGGUGUCUCGAAAGCUGGUGGCUUGGCCUACCUCCAUAUUUCUUUUUCUUGUCUUUUCGAUAUAGCCCUGGCCUCGUGUUCCUCCUAUUCUCCCUUGUUCUGCCGUGUAUCUGCGAGGCGUCUCCUGUAUUUCCUCCUCUCUCGCGUCUUGGCCAGUGUCCUCUUCCUCCUUCACAUCACCUUAUUCACUGUUUGUUGCCGAGCGCUGGGUGUAUCGGAAUAUCAAGCAAAACGAGACGAGACGUUCUGAACGGCCGCCCGGACACACUGUACGAUUUCACAAAGACUCGACCACAGGGAUAAGUCUGAGACUAAAACUCAAGUCUACAGACAUAGGCCAGCAGUUAUUUCGUUAGAUUGUUGAACGCUCCCCCAAGUCCGAGACCGAAGAAACCCGACUUUGUUUCCCCUUGUUGCGACUUUGUCUGUUUAUUGCGGACAUCAAGCCACCAGACGACAGAAAGCGACAAAAAAGCGUCUGCACCGCCUAGCCUCGUGCAAUUUUCACUACGACUUUUGCUGCAUGUUGAAAAGAUUCGUGGGGUUUGACAGCGACAUUUUGAACGCGCCAGGAAACGAAUUAAAAAACACCGUCACGACUAUCGACCAAUACUCAAACCUUUUACAGUCUCGCGCAUCGGUCUGAUUGAAUUCUUGCUCAAAACACCACGGUCGCGUGCGUCCAACGGAACUUAUCGCGCCACCGCGCCUUUCAGUGCUUUGCUAGGCUUCCAGCGCUCCAUUUAGCACGCUGCGAAUCCGCCAACAAGAGAAGUGGCGUGGAAGGCAUCUGUGACCCCGAGCACGCUCACCAACGGCCUCCUUCAGAAAACAAGGCUAUAAAAACAUCGGUAUGUACUCGAUCUCUUCUAUUUCCCGUUCCUGAUCCCCGCGCCAUUUGUCCGGGCUUUAUCCCCUAAAAUAUCACCUGUCAAGAAUUCGCGUCAGUGGAGCCAUGGGCAUCUCGCCCGUGCCUUGGAUUGAGUUUCCUGGCGGGCAGCUUUUUUACUUUGACGUGGCUUUCGUUGCACGGAGUCGUGCUCGGAUUCAACUGCGCUGAAACGAAACAAGCCCGCCCACGCUCAUUUUCGCUCUAUUGUCAUCGAACCGCAAGUGCGGCGCAUCCCAAAGUGUCAUUUCCCUCUUCGGGGUAAUAGUCAACGGUUUGGGUGACCAGUCUUCUUUUUAAGAAGCACGCUCCGGAGCUAAAGAUUUAGCGCAUUUCGACAUGUCGCUCCCCUGUUGCCAUGCUCCGGCGGCUUAUUCCACCCCAAGUACCUAGGCGAGCGCAUCAUGUCAUCACUGGGCGUGGCGAUGCGCGACAGAGACAUUGCAAAGGCUGGUCCCGCGUAAAAGUCCUGUUUCCCACCGUGCUCCACCCCAUUAGCCUUUGCCCCGUGUUGCCGAAGUGUCCGGUUCAGGGCGACCCACGCGUCAGGUACAAAGUUUGCUACAGCGCUCUUAGUGGUGUGCUGUAGCGGGCAGUGGUACCUGGCAGAAGUCUUGGCCCAGCGCGCCGCCACUGCUAAGUUAGUACUCGCGGUGUCCUGUCAGAAGCAAAGUUGCCGGCUGCCCGACUCGUAAUCAGGCCAGCCCCAGAGAAAAGAAGAAAAAAGUUUUCCCAUUAUAAGGCUUAUCGAAAAGAAGAAAAUCUUGUUUUUAUCGGUGCUUAUUUAGCUUAUCUGGACCUGAGAAGCUGAGUUUUGCACGGAAAAGGCCGAUUUGUGUUCUUUCCUUGAGACCUGUCUAUGUAAUUCCUUCCUCCGCUUUUCUCUUCGACAUUCUUUCCCUGCCCUUUCUUGCUCCUACAAACGCGGAAACCAAGCAAAGAGGCCAAGCAGAUAAACAAUUGGCUACUUUGGUUGCUCCGCAGGCGUAUCUGUAUCGAUACUAUCCCACCUAAACUCCUCUUUGAUCCCACAAGCCUUCUCUCUCUCUUCCCCCGUCGCCCGCUCACCAAGUCCCUCCCUCUAUCUACCACGCCCCCCCAAAGGACGAGAAUAAUUUCCCAUUGCCCCCCUCAGGCCUCUUCGUCCUGUCCCACUGGCACAUCCCCUAAGCCUAGAGCCGCGCCUCUAUCCCUGUUUAGGCCAUUGUGGUCGUCUCUGACGCAACUCGCUCCUUUUUCGUGCAUCGCGGAUCGGCCAACCAAGCCCCCCUUCAUCAGCUUUGCAGGGGCCAACAGGACGCUAACACGCCUUACCACGCCAGCUCGCUCUCGCUGCAAAUUUGCUUGCACGCUGCUCAGCACAACCGCCCCCCAAUAACCUCCCAAAUCGACCAAAACGUGCCACAGUCACCCUGGCUCAAUCGCAGACCCGUCUCUCUUUGGUUGGAUCUACUCGUCCCAAUCUGUACCAGACAUCUCCGACCCAGCGCUACACGACACUUGCCUUCGCUUCGACUCGUCAGCCCCCCUGCCGUCCCCCACCACGUCGACACGGCACUCAAUCUCUUGCCGAUUGUACCGCAUCACUGCACAGCGCCUCGAUCGUCUCGAGAAUUGCUUCUUGCCGCUCCCUGUUGCCAGACCAGCUUUUGCAUUGACGCUGGCCUUGUAACAGAUACGCAAAGCGCCCUUGCACUGGCAUUGCCGUGAAACGAGGAUACAGCGCCCGCUUGGGCUCCCGCAAGUACUCAGGCCACACGCUGCGGCCACCUUUAGCGUGUUACGAAACGCAACUUUUUAAUCGCAGGACGCUAGCACGCUAGCCUCCGAGCCACUAAUCAUGGCACCCAUGACGCCGCGUCUCAAGGUUCUUUCAGUUGGCGGUAAUCCCGUAUCAGCAUUUUUAUCUUGGAGACUACAGGCUACUCAUGCUUGUGAUGUCACACUGGUCUGGAAGUCCGGUUACGAGCAUGUUGCGCAAUACGGCAUCUCAUUCAAAUCUCCUGUUUUUGGAAACGAAAGAUUUAAGCCCCGUCAUGUUGUCCGCAAUCCCGAAGAUGCCGCUACCGUUCGCGACGGUGCUUUUGACUACGUAGUUCUCUGCGUCAAAGCCCUCCCAGAUGUCUAUGAUCUCGCUGCGGUCAUCGACUCCGUUGUCACACCCCAACAUACAUGCAUUCUCGUCAACACAACACAUACUCUUGGUGUGGAAGCCGCCAUCGAAGAGCGAUUUCCAACAAAUGUUGUUUUAUCGCUAGUAUCAGAAGCUGAUCUUGCACAGCUUGGCCCCAGCGAAUUUGAGCACAAAGGAUCGACGGAUGUUUGGGUUGGACCUGCAAACAGGAAUAGCAACAUCCCCCAAGCUAUCCAAGAGGAUAUGGCACAAGCUCUCGCCAUGACCCUUAGCACUGGUCAAGUUCAGUGCAAAGUUUCACCAAACAUUCGUCAGCAGCAGUAUCAAAGAGUCAUUGGACCGAUUGCUUUCCACCCUGUCAGCGUAUUGUUUGAAACCCCUAACCAUGCUGCCCUUCUCGAAAAGGUUGGCGUCAGAGACAUGAUUUCGGGAGUUAUGGAUGAGCUGCUCCAGCUUGCCGAAGCUAACGGCUGCAAAUUCGAAUCCGAUUUCAAGCAGAAGCUCAUGGAUGAGAUGGUCAAGCCAAACCAGCCUGAGAGUAUCAUGUGGCAAGACUUUAUCGCCAGACGUCCUAUGGAGAUUGAAACGUUCUUGGGCUCGCCAAUUAAGCUCGCAGCCGACUGCCGAGUUUCGUUGCCAAGAAUUCAGACCCUCUAUGCCAUCCUCCACAACCUCAACACCGCCAACCGCAAUCGACCAAAAGGUGGUGAGAUCCCCAACGGUCUUCCACCCAAUUCACCCGCUCUUUCGCAAGCUCCCCGUGCCCCAUCUCAGAAUGGCCACCGUCCGAUGAUGGGCGGUAUGCCAAAUGGAAAUGGUAUGCCACCCCGACAGCCACGCCCUAGAAACUCUUCCAAUUUUGCGCCAGGUAACAUGCCUCCUGGUGGACCUCCAGGAGGCAUGCGCCGCGGACCACCUCCCAUGAAUGGCGGCCCCCCUAACGGCAUGGUACGUCCACACACAAAUGGCGGCUCCCGUGCGCCGUCAAGAAGAGGGUCUAUGGAUGGCAAUGAUCUUGAGGAGUUUUCGCACCUUGUCUUGUACGACGACAUUCCUGAACAUGGUGGUGACGGCUCUGAUUUGGCCUUGCGCGAGCGCGAACUCCAGCUCCGUCAGCGUGAACUAGCUCUCAAGGAGCAAGAGAUGCGAAUGAGACGUGGCCCACCUGGUCCUCCUGGUCCCCCAGGCCCUCGUCGAGGACCUCACCCCAUGAGAACUAGCACCCAGGCGUUCGAUGAUGACGACGAUGACGAUUACUUUGAUCUUCCUACAGGUGGCCCAACUAUCGACCCCGAUAACUUUGAUAUGAUGAGUGUCACAUCGCGAAAGAACCGUAAAGCUGGACCCCCUCCUGGCCAAUAUCGACGCAACGGCGAGUUUGAGCCUCCUCAAAGCCGUAGCCGCUUUCGACCAAACUUUACAGGACGCAACCGCUCCAGCCAGAACCAGAUGAACCAAAUUCCCAUGCCCAGCGACAACAUCCUCGACGAUGCUCUCAUGGGUGUAUCCUCAAACCGCUACGGUACCGUUGACAGAGGCGCCAUGAAUGCCGCUGGAUCCCGCGCCAAUUCGCUGACGGCCGCCCGACUAGACGAGUUGCAGUACAGCCAGGGUCCCGGCGGCCCUCCAGGAAUGAAUGGCGCUUAUCCCCGCAGAACGAGCCAGUCACCUAGCACAACUUAUACGCCCUCCAUGAGGGGCGGUAGACCGUCGCCUCCCAACGGCUACGGCCCGUCAAUGAAUGGUGGACCUAUGCCUCCUGAUGGCAUGCGUCAGCCUGCUCCUCGAUACCCCCCUGGUCAAGGCAAUGCUAUUGCACCGCAGCAAGUUGAGCAACAUAUUGGGGUGAGCGCUCUCCAUCCUCCCAAAACUCGAAAUGUGCGAAGUCUGACGGGUAGUGCGAGUGCUAGCGCGGGCAGUGGUGAAUUUGACUCCGGACUCUCAGCACAUAGCAGCCAAGCCAGCUUCCAGCAGCGACCGACAAUCGGAGUCCAGUAAAUCGGUAUUGGACAGGUUUUUACCUCUCCCGAAACCAACCCGUACUGCCCACCACCCGACUCACUACGUUACCUAUACUCCUAUCACAUACCAUUCUCAACGAACCACGAAGCGGGCACCUUUGGAUCAAGGACGUGGCCCAACAAUCUCCUCAUCAACCAUCAUUAUACCAUCGAGUUGCUGACGAGCGGUGAACGUCAAAUUCAGUACGAUACCCUCUACUCUACCACACGGCCACCGCCUGGCCAAAGAGUAGCAGGCUAUUAAUCAUAAUGGACCGACCUCUCUUGUACAUACCACCCAUACCACACUAAUGCUUUGCUUAUUUUUUGGUAAUACUGCAUCGACAAGAAGCUCUCACACUCAUUUUUCAUUAUCCUUAUACAUAUAUUGGCGGCUCAAGUACUAUUCACUUCUGGUCGAUACAAAGCGACACCUGACUACGCCCGUUGGCAAAGUUGGGACAAAAAGUUGAGCCUAGUCAAGGCACUCUUGCCUACCACUUUCAUUUACACCAUCCCGCAACGGGGCACGGUGGCUGAUUCUCUCUGUACACCUUCAAAUCGGCCUGAAUUCGACGGCCGCAAAUUAAUUUUGUUUUAUUACGCCCGGCUACAGGCCGACUGUUUAUUCUUUUUUCCCUUUGGGACGGCAUUUUGUAAUUGAAGCGGGAAGGAUACUUAGUUUCGCAUGGCAUGUUAUUAGGCAUCGGCUUGCACAAGCCUCUAGGAGUAUACAGGCGGCUUGCUUAUAAAAGCAACCAGCGAAUGAUACCAUAAAACUAAAAACAAUACUGUCUUGAU